CAGCUCGCUGGCGAGCAAGUAAGAACGGAUGUCUGUGCCAAAGCGCUUGGCGUGGCUGCUGCCUGGCCAUGCUCUGGCGCCCCUGCUGGUUCAGAGCAGAACUUUUGGCGAGGGUGUGCUACAAAACUUGCUGGAUGUUUCAUCGGAACGGGGCGGCCAACAUCCAGCUGGCGCGCUUAGUCGCGGCGCCAGCAGCAGCUCCCAGGCGCCUCCUGCGGCCAGGGCCACCGUGCAAACCGAGGGCGAUGGCGCCAGCAUCUCUAGAAGCGGCAGUUUAGGAGAGGCCCCAACUGCAGCUGUAGCCACGCUCGGGCUCGCGGGCGCUGGCGGGAGCGUAGCGGCGGGCGCGCACGUGGCGCCGGCGGUGACAGACACAGGCGCAGUUGCAGUUGCGCCGGGGGUCGCUGAAGGAAUUCAGGAACGUGUGGCGCGCCUGCGUGCCGAGCUGGGUAGAGGGGGACAGCAUAACUCGAGUGCAGGCGCUAGCAGAGGCGGGAGAGGGGCCGGGGGUGGAGGCGGGGGCAGCGAGCGCCAGGCCCAGAUUGACCCAGCAGGAAGGCGCCAGGGCGGAACCGGGGCGGCGGCGGACGGCGUGCUAGCGGGCGGCGGCAGCAGUAGCGCUGGCGGCGGCUUCAGCGACAGCAAAGGGGCAGGCAUGGGUUUUGAAGCGCCGACGCUGAGCUGGCGGCGGCGCAGGCCGCAGCCGGAGCUCAGGCCAGCGGCGGCAGCAGCAGCAGCUGCAGUAGCAGCAGCGGGAACAGUCGAAGCCGGCACUGCGGCUGCGGCCGCGGGCGUCGCCGCCGUGGGGAGGCCUGACGCUGUCGGCCAGUGGCAGCGCGGUGCCUCGCAUCCGGGGGCUGCGGGCCUUGAGGCAAGCGGCGGAGAGAUGCCGACGGCGGUGACGGCGGGGGUCUGGGGUGACUGGGGUGGCACAGAGCCUGCCAGGGACGCCGCCACCAGGGGUGCAGGCCCGGACUCCUCGGGCUCGCCAAUGAGGCCCACAGCGGCAGCCGGAGCAGCCGAAGCAGCUGGAGAAGCCGAAGCAGCCGAAGCAGCCGAAACAGCAGCACCAGCAUCGUCCCUUAGACAUGACUUCGAGGAGGGUGCAGGUGCCGACGCAGCAGGCACCGUGGUUCUCCGGGAAGCUGGGGCAAGCUAUGGCGGUGACAUCGAUGCUGCCGGCGGCGGCAGCAGCAGCGGCGGUGGCGGCGGCGGCGGCGCGCUGGCGGCUGCUGACCGGGAUGCGGAGCUGCUGCGGCGCAUUGCGGCGGCCGCCAGCCUGCGUGACGCCGAGCUGUUGCUGGCGAGCUGGGGGCGCUGGUUCCGCAGCUCCCACGCCGCGGCGCUGCUGUGCCGGCUGCCGGACCUGGACCCGGACGGCGACAACACGGGGCCGCGCACCCGCCAGCUGGUCAGGCUGCUGUGCGACGGCGUGCUGGCGCGGUCCGAGGAGGUGCCCGGCCCCGAGCUGGCGGGCUGCGUGGCGGCGCUGGCGGCGCUGCGGUACGCGCCGCCGCAGGCCGUGCCGGGCCUGUGCGGGCAGCUGCUGGCGGGCCAGGGGCGGCGGCUGCGGCAGUGCGGCGGCGGGGAGCUGGCGGACCUGGGCUGGGGCCUGGCGCUGCUGCAGCUGCUGUACGGCGACGUGCACCAGGCUAUCAAGCGACCCGCCUACACCGCCCUGCUCGCGCCCAACGCGCGCAUCAUUGGCUACGUGCGCGCCGCUGCCGGCGCCGCCGCUGACACGGAGGCAGCUGGCCCCGAGGCCGCCACGACCCCUGACAGCCGGUCCGCUGCCGCCCUGGCUGCUGCUGACAAGGGAAGUGGUGGUGCUGCCGGCUCUGCUUCUUGGAUCCAGCCUGGGGGCCAGCCUGCGGGAGCGGCAGUGGCAUCGGCGGCAGUGCAGGAACGGGAGCAGGAGGGACAGGAGCCGGAGGAACAGGAGUGGGAUCGGGAGGGGGAGCAGGCGGCGCUUGGUGGGGUCGCCAUGUCUGCCUCGACACGCCUGCGCAUGCGGCGGACACGUCUGUCCACCGGGCCUCCCACCGCCGCCACUGACACCGGGACGGAUUCCAACAGCCUCAGCAGCCCGGGCGACAGCAGCCCACCACGCCCGUAUCAGGGCAGCCCUGGACGUGGCGCCGGCGCCGGAUCCAGCGGCGCUGGCGGCAAGGGCCUGGCCCCCAGGGCCCGCAAGCCGCAGGACCAGAUCUGGAUGGUGCCGGCAGCCAUGGAGCGGAUCUGGGAGAAGCUGGCGCGAGCGGCAGGCGGCAAGGCGGCGGCGGGCGACAUGGGCGGCGAGCACAUCGCCAAGUUGGCCUGGGCCUACGCCAAGGUGGGUCGCCGCGAUGACAAACUGUUUGACCAGCUGGCGGGCGCCACCACCGUACUCCUGGCGCCGUACAUGAAGCGUUACGAAGCCGCUAGCGGUCGCGGCGGCGAAGCCGCUGCAGCCGCCAUUUCCAGCUUCACCAGCGCCGCGCCCGCGCCGUUGGAUGCCGUGGCGGUUACGAACCUGGCGUGGGCUUACUCACACCUGCGCGCCGCCGCGCGCCACCCGGAGCUGAUGGCGGCGCUGGCGGCUGUGGCGGCGCCGUACAAGGGUUUGUACGAUAACGACCAGUUGGCCAGCCUGGCGCGGUCGUACGCGGCGGCGGGGCACUACGACGCGGACCUGUGCGCCGCGCUGUCCGUGGUGGCCUGCCGGCGGCUGCGGCACCUGACUGGCAGCCAGUUGGCGGCGCUGCUGGGCUCACUGGCGGAGCUGCGGCACCGCGAUGAGCGGCUGGCAGAGCUGGCGGCGCCGCCGCAGCGCGGCCGAGGCGGAGGCGGCAGCGGCGGCGGCGGAGGCGGGGUGGUGGAGAGCGGCCCCGGGAGGGCGGCGGGCAGUGCGUUGGCGCGUGCCGUGCGCGACCUGCGCGCCGACCUCACACCCGGCGAGGCGUCCGAGCUGCUGUGGGCGGCGGCGCGACUGAGCCUGGACCUGGGGCCCGCCAGCGCGGCGUCGCCCGACGGCACAGGCGUGCUGGGACUCUACACAGCACCCACAGCUGCGGCUGCAGCAGAUGCUGCGGCCGCCGGAGCGGAAGGAGGCGGCAGGCGGCGCCGCCGCCGGGGGGCUGCGCCCGCCGGCGGCGCCGACGGCGCGGCGGCGGCAGCCGCUGCUACUGCCGCCGCGGCGGCGGCGCGGCGCUCGCGCGCCGCGCGGCCGCUGGUGACCGCCCUGGCUGCGUCGCUGCGGGGCCGGCUGCAGCAGCUGAGCCCCAGCCAGCUGUCUCGCUCGCUGUGGGCGCUGGCGCUGCUACAGCCCGCAUUUGGCGCAGACGGCGGCGCCACUGGCAGUAGCAAUAUCAGGGGCGGCGGCGCUGGUGGUGGCCGGCUACUGCAUGGGCUGCUGGCGGAGCUGGUGGGCGCACUACAGCUGCACCCAGUGGGUAGCUACAGCCGUGACGAUCUGCUACAGCUCUACGGCGCCGCGCAGUUGCUGGCGGCGCAGCUUGACGGGGCCGCACUGGCGGCGCUGCUACAGCCGCCGCCGGCUGGCAGCGGCGAGGCGGCUGUAGCAGAGGGCGGCGGGGGCGAGCAGGAGGAAGGGCCGGAGGCGGCGUGGUCGGGUGAUGAGGAGGACGGGGACGAGGAAGGGGCAGGGGAAGGGGAAAUGGAGGAGUUGCGCUGGGGGCGCCAAGGGGUGCGUGCGGGCCGGACCCGGUCGCCCUUGUUCCGGACCGCUGAGGACAGCGACGCGGCGACGCAGGCUGUGGGAACCAACGCCGCGGCUGUUGGCUCGCUCCGGCACUUCGCAUCCACCUCUUUUGCUCCCCUCUCCUCCGCCUCUGCUCCCACCCCCACUGCGCCUGCGGAAUCGGGUGCCAGUGGUGGGCCCGACCUUGGGGGCGCUAGUGCCGCUGCCGCCACACCCGCCGCCUCCUCCUCCUCCGCCGCCUCCUCCUCCUCCGCCUCCUCGUGGCCUGAGGUCGUGGACUGGGACAGCAUUCACGUGCCUCCGCCACUGGGCGCCACCGCCCCUGCCAGCCCAAGCAGCGGCUCCAAUAGCGACCGCAGCCGCAGCCGGCGCCGCUCCGCGCCACCGCCGCGCGACGCCAUCGCCACCGCCACUGCCGACGCGCCUUCUGAUGCCUCUCCAGCCCCCGCCGACAUUGACGACGGCGGUGUACAUGAGCCCAUCAACGACGCCGCGCACCUGCAGCCCCCCGCGCAAGCCGAUGCCCACAACAGCCUACGGCAAGUGUACGACGAGGCAACGGGCCGCAUCCUGUGGGAGGUCGCGGAGGAGGGCGCGGGGGCGGGGGAAGGCGGCGAUGGCUCGGGGCGGCGCAGGCGCCGUCGGACGGAGGACCCGGCAGCCUGGGUGCUGCCGCCGCCGUUGCUGCGGGCAUGCCAGGCUGCGGCGUCGGAGGCGGCGGCGGCGGAGGUGGCGCGGCUGGAGCGAGAGGAGGGCCGGGCGUCGGAGCUGUGGCGACUGGAGGUGGCGGUGGCUUUGCGUGAGCUGACGGGCUGGGGGCCGCUGCCGCACUGGGUGGCGCCCCGGGGCACAGCCGUUGCAGACCUGCUGCUGCUGCCGCCGCCGCCGCCACCGCCGUCCCGGGGCGGCUCGGCGGCAGAGGCGGGUGCAGCUGCAGGGGGCAGCGUUGCCUCCGCCGCGCCGCCGCCCCCGACCGCGCCCAUUGCGGUGCUGUUGCUGGGGCCCGACAGCACCACCAGGAACCCGCCCUACGUGCCACUGGGCGAGGCGCGUGUGCGGCAGCAGCUGCUGGAGGCGGCGGGGCUGCGUGUGGUGGUGCUGCCGCGGUUCUUGUGGCGCGUCAUGAGCGCGGCAACAGCAGGGGCUGACGGGGUCGGCACUUCGGGGUCGGCUGGGGGCGGGCGGGAUGGGGUCGCUAGCCCGGACGACCAACUGUGUCUGCUGGCGUCGCUGUUGGGUCCGCUGAGGUUAUAGUGGGCACCGUGCGGGCACGGCAUGGCAGCGGUGGCAUCGUGCAGACGGGCAGGGGUGGAUAUGCGUGAGUACGGUCGUCGGGAUGGCGAGUGAGUGAGUGACAUUGGGAUGUUUCUUUGGGUAGAUGAAGCAAGGCGCUAUCGGCGCUGUAGCAGCUUGGAGGCGGCGACUGCGUAAUUGGAUGAGCCGUGUGGCGAUGGGUGGUAUCAAAGAUACGGCCGUCACUCCUACUCUUGAAUGGUGCCGCGGGCCACCGGGGCUGUUACUGACAAGCAGACAACUGUGUAAACCCAAGAUUCC